UCCCGAAACCCCCAAAUCUGCUAUGAUACUGUGAUGGAGUUGCUAUAAUCGAAUGAACUUGGUCUCAAUUAAUCUCAGUUUGUUCUGUACCAGUGCUUCUGUUAGUGCAGGAACACAGUGUGAACCUGUUGAAUCAAUUGCAUAAAAGGCAAACUUGUGUGUGCUGUGCUUCUCCUGGAUGUUAACGAUUUCUAUAGAGGACAAGAUAUCUGAUGUUAGCUCUGCAGGUGUCUGGUGGUUCCAGUUCGGCGCGGCGGGUGGAAGGCAGCCAACUGGAAAUACUCGUUUUUGUUCUUCUUUUAAAAAAAAAAUCUGCUUCUCUUCCCUCGCUGUUCCCCCCCCUCGACUGUAUCUGCUCCUAACUAGUGCACAAAGCCUGGAGUAACAUCGCCAAGCUCCGCAAGCUUCGUCUUCUCUCCUGACACAGUUUAAACGCGAACGAACCCCCUUUGCCUCCAUUGUGAGACACAGGCCCCUCCUGACCUCAUUAUACAGGCACCCCAUCCCCCAGCACUCCCCAAAAACCACACUAACACGUACUCAGCAGCACCCCACCCAGCACCUCCUUCUGCCAUAGUUCCUCUGCAUUAUGUCAGAUGAUAUGACUAGUUGUUUGGUGUUACUUCAUUCUUUACUUUGCACACUACUGCACCUUUUUAUUCCAGUCUGUGUUAGAAUAAUCACUUAGUGAAUCAAAUGAAAGUAACUGCAACCAAUUAAUCAAUUAAAUGUUUGAGGCAAUUACAUUUGAUUUUAGUCUGAAUUAGUGCCUGCAGCUCUUUGAGUUUUGUUGGCUUGUUUUUGAGCUAAAUGCUAACAUUAUAUUAACAUGCUGACAGUCAACAAUGUUUUAGCAUUUUGCUAAUUAGCACAAAGCUGAUGGAAUCUCAUCCUCGUCAUCCUCAUCUUCGUUCGACUGCUCCCUUUAGGUGUUGCCACAGCAGCCAGCAUCUCACCCUAUUCUUUGCUUCCUCUUCUGUCACACCAUGUCCUCCUUCACUACAUCCAUGAAUCGUCUGUAGUCUUCCUAAAUCUUCGACAUCCUUUGUCCAAUAUGUCCGCUGGCCCUUCUCUGCACACGUCCAAACCAUCUCAAUCUUGCCUCUCUAACUAACUUUUAAUCACCUUGGUGGUUAAAAAUGAUCUUGACACACUCAAUAGUUGUUGAGAUUGCAGAUCUCAUUAGAGUUUUCUUUAAUUUGACCUAUUAAAGUAGCAGCAGUUAAAUAUAGUAACCUUUAAAAAUGAAAACUCUGAUUGGGACUUCUUAAAUCUGAGGUUCUGCAUAAAUGAAGAAUUUUUUUUUUGUUUUUUAUAGAAUUAGCCCAAAAUGUAAAGGAAAUAAUAUUUUUUUCCACCUUGUUCACUAUAUUAAAAAAAUAAAUACCAAGCACAUUUUAAUCAGUGCCUCAAGCUGGAAAUAUUAGCCAUGGAGACCAAGUGCUUUGGUACCUUGGGGUCUUUUUAUAGGUUCGUGUUCCAUGAUCCCUUGUCCAUGUUUUGGGGAGGGUGGGGUUUUUGAUGUUGGAUGGUGGGGGAGGUUGGUAGCCGUAACUCUACACCAAUGCCACUGUAUGACUGACUCAUGCUGCUUUCGGACUUAUUUAGCCUGGCGACAGAGUACGUAUGAGUCGACUGAAGAGGAGAUGAUGUCGGUGUUUUUCUACAGGCAGUAAUGGCACCAGUAAGACUUCCCUGAGCUGUGAGGCCGAGCACCUUGUGUUUCGGGGGACAGAAAUUCACAAUGCAGUCACGGUGCAUGGUUGCCUGUGAGUGGCUUAUGAAUAGACUGGACACCAGGGAGUGGAUCAGAUUCUUUGAAAGUGUGUGAAGCAGUUGACCCUAAACGUGGAGGCACCAGAACCUAGAGUAUCGGAUCCUGUUGCUUAAGUUGACCCGUGUGAUGAUGAAUGUCCAGUCUACUGCAUACAACCAACAGUCAGCAGCAAACAACCCAGCUCCCACUGGUAGAAGAUCAAGAGUCAAUGUGAAGAAAUCGACUCCAAGUUCCUGGGCAGAGGAAACCCGGGGAAGACGAAGUGCUGGUGGGCACAAGCGCUCAGCUUCUUGGGGCAGUGCAGAGCACCUAAGGGAGGUGGCCAAGCUGAGACACCAGUUGCAGAAGCGUUCCCGCCAUGCCCCUCCCUCAGCAGGAUGCGAGCUCCCCCCCCACCCCCUGCCUGCAGGUCAUGCAGCAGGAGUCACUCAGACGAUGCCGCUGAUGCCGCUGAACAGACUUGCUCCACGGCUGCGACGGAGCGUCGAGGGCCUCAACUUAGAGCUGGAGGAAGUGUUUGUGUGUGAAAAACAAGACGAUCAGCAUGAGAUUUUGGAUAUCCCAGAUGGCCACAGAGCUCCCGCCCCUGCCCAGAGAUGCAGCAGUGGCUCUCAGAGUGACCCCUCACCGGGGCCACUGGAUCCUUCCCUUCUUUCUCCUUCUCAAUCCCCUUGUAUUCUUGAUACGUCACUUCUGACACCUUCAGGUUCACCUUGUCCUUUGAAUCCAUCACUUUUAUCCCCAUCCCAAUCUCCCUGCACCAUGGGAGAGCCAGAGCCUGUGGACUAUGAGAUCUUGUGUCCCUCUCCAUCAGCAUCGCUUCCUUCAUUUGCACUGGAUCCUCCUCUGCUGCAGGCCUGCUCCUCUUCGCCUCGUCCCAACAAAACCUACUCUUUUCAGCGCGAACCGCCAGAAGGCUGUGAGCGAGUUCGAGUGUGUGAAGAAGCAGUCUCUGCCUAUCAGGAUGAGACUCUCCUCCAGUCAUCCUGCCCUGACCCCAAUAAAGUCAAUUUCACCCCCCACGGAGGCUCAGCUUUCUGCCCGGUCAGUCUUUUGAAGCCCCUCUUGCCCUCCAUGGACCUCCUCUUUCGUGGCCUGUCGGUAUCUCCCGUCACUGGCUGCUCAGGUCAGGCCUCUCCUACCAGGCACCUGGGCAUGCAGUAGGUGGAUAUCUGAGCAGAGUCUCUCAGGACUGAACCACAUUGCACUGCCAGGACAAGCAGAAACUGGAUGUGAUAUAUAUAUAUUUUUAAUGCAUCGUGACAAUGGACAGUGUUGCAUCACUGCUGUAACACGCCAUCAUCACUGUGAUCAAAAUAACCUUUGUGACUGUGAAGAUUUGUUGCUGUCAUACUUUAGAAUAACUGUGGCCUAAAUUCUGCCCGCUUUAUCUUUUGUUUUGUUUUUUUUGUUUUUUUUCCACCUGCAGGAAGCUUUGAUUCAGCUGAUAUUUACCUCAUCAGCACUUAAACUGUCCUAGUAUUCAACCGUAUGAGGCAUGGAUUAGACUGCGGGAUUUAAGUUGUGGAAAUGCUUGAAAAGCUUUAUAAAUACUUGCGUUUAUUAAGUCAUUCUUUUGCAUUAAAAUUGUUCUAGUUAGAGA